GGGUUUAGUUACACAUAAUUUGUAUCUUCAUCUGCAUUUGCUCUGCUUGCCUCUCUCUCUUGCUCUCCAAACUGUAACAAAGCUUUCUCUCUCUCUCUCCAUCAACUGCCAUGAGUAAUCUGUUGGGAUUCGAAACAUCUAUAACCACGACCAUCACUCUCUUUCCUUUCAAUGCUGAAUUACCCCAAGCAACUCCCAAAAUACCCACCAUAUCCUCUUCAUCCCUCUUCUCACCUUCCAGACACACCCAUACCACCAAGCCAAGAAGAACGAUUCCCACCUUCAGACCCAGAACUGUCCUUACUUCAAUCACAACCGGACUUCUAGCGAGUAGUAUGGCUACUCCACAAAUGGAGGGGCAAGUUGAGGUUGAAGUUGCUGAGGGGUGUACAAUUACCCAAUUUUGUGAUAAGAUUAUUGAUGUGUUCAUGAAUGAGAAACCCAAGCCAAAAGAGUGGAGGAAGUACUUAGUGUUCAGGGAGGAGUGGAACAAAUAUAGGAAUAGCUUCUAUAAUCGCUGCCAAACCCAGGCUGACGCCGAAAAUGAUUCUGAAAUGAAGCAAAAAUUAAUUGCACUAGCAAGAAAAGUGAAGAAGAUUGAUGAUGAAAUGGAAACAUAUACUGAACUUCUUAAGGUGUUACAAGAUAGCCCCAUGGAUGUAAAUGCAAUCGUUGCAAGCCGGCGCAAAGAUUUUACUGGUGAAUUUUUCCGUCAUCUAAGGUUGCUUUCAGAAACCCAUGACAGCUUGGAGGACCGAGAUGCGGUGGCAAGGCUUGGGGCUAGAUGCUUGUCUGCAGUUUCUGCCUAUGAUAAUACACUGGAGAUAGUGGAUACACUAGACGUUGCCCAAGCCAAAUUUGACGAUAUCCUAAACUCUCCUUCAGUGGACGUGGCAUGUGAAAAGAUUAAGAAUCUUGCUAAGGCAAAGGAACUUGACUCUUCUUUAAUCUUAUUAAUAAACAGUGCUUGGGCUGCAGCGAAGGAGUCGACAACCAUGAAGAAUGAGGUGAAGGACAUUAUGUAUCGUUUAUACAAAGCCACAAAGAGUAGUAUAAGGAGCAUAGCACCAAAAGAAAUAAAGCUACUUAAGUAUUUGCUGAACAUCACAGACCCUGAAGAGCGAUUCUCAGCAUUGGCCACUGCCUUCUCCCCAGGGAAUGAACACGAAGCUAGAGACCCUAAUGCUAUAUACACAACUCCCAAGGAGCUGCACAAGUGGAUAAAGAUCAUGCUUGACGCAUACGAUCUUCACAAAGAAGACACUGACAUUAGGGAAGCCAAGCAGAUGACUCAACCUAUCGUGAUCCAGAGGCUCUUCAUCCUUAAGGAGACAAUUGAAGAGGAAUACUUGGAACAAGGCAUUAAAUCUGAAAAAGACACCAAUUCAGAGGAGUUGUAAAUUGUAAGAGGCUUUGGAAUAUUUAACUGGUUGCGCCGGCGAUGUUAAUUCGAAGUACUGCAUUUCAUCAGCAUUUUCUGUAACGAAUGGGAAGUGUAUAUAGUUAGUGGCUGAGGAUAAGUGUGUCUACUCGUGGGAACUCCAGACAAGGAAAAUUGUUCAAAAAUUGGAAUGUAACACUGAUGCCAUCAUAUCAGUGUCAUGCCACCCCCACCAAGAACAUGACUGCGUCUGGUGCACUUGGAAACGAAAAAAAAACAGUGAAAGAUCUAGUCUCUGGAGGACUGAUUUGUUUCUCUAAUAAACAUUUUGUAACAUCUCUGCACCUGCUGUGAUUGGCAUUGCCACUGGAAAAGACUCAAGAAAGUAUCAGGGGAAUGAUUGAUCUAUUCUUACGGUGACCAACUCACCGCACUCGCGACAUGAAAUUCUUUCCUCCAGGAGCUUUGUUUUUCAUGUUGAUGGAUUCGGGAACAUUGCAAAUUUGAGGACAAUACACUGUAUGCUUCAAUUGCAAAUUUGAAAUAGCUCGCGUUGCUUUAUAUAUGCAUCUCUCUGUCCAUGCAUUUCUGAAAUUCUUUCGAUGUGAAGUUAAUGUUGCCCAUAUAAUUUUUUACAGUUUUACAAAUGUUACGCGAUAUCUUGUGAGUAGUCUUGGUGCAAGUAUUCAUUGGCCGGAGGUACUAUAUAGUUGGUACUCCGGGUUACCCAAUAUUUUUCCGAUGAAAACUCAAGUCAGAUUAUGAAACUCAAGUUGGUAUCUGUAUCAUGACAUGUCGCAAGGUAUUUACUCUAAUCUCAGUUGAUUUGUUAA